AUGAUGGAUGCAGGCGGUGGCGGUGUGGAUACACGUGGCGACGAAGAGGACUCGGUAAACAUAGACUUUUUAGAAGGAAUAUUUAGGGAACUUGCUCUAAAAAUCUUUUCGGCGGUGACCCUGACUCAGCAGAUAGAGCACUUCAAGGAGUACAAAGAGAAGCUCCGGCGCGAGCUGGGCGGCGCCGCCGCAGACCACAUCGUCGCUCGUUCACUCUACCUCUUCAGCGCCAGCGAUUUCCUGGGCAACUACCUCCUCUUCCCCGUCAGGCGCGGGCGCUUCACCCUGCUGGAAUACGAGGCGUACCUCGUCGGCGCGGCCGAGGCGGCGGUGCGCGCCGUGUACGCGCUCGGCGCGCGGCGGGUCCGCCUCCCGGGGCUGCCGCCGCUGGGGUGCCUGCCGCUGCAGCGGACCGUCAACCUCGCCACGCCCGGGGACUGCAACCGGUUGCACAACAUGGUGGCGCGCAGGUUCAACCGCGGGCUCCGAGCCAUGGUGUACGUCGACAUUUACCGUCACUUGGCGGACGUGAUGGCCAGGCCAUGGGCGUAUGGUUUUGAGAAUUCAGUGCGAGGAUGCUGCGGCACGGGAUACUUCGAGACAGGAGUGCUGUGCAGCUUGGACAAUGCGCUCACAUGCGAGGAUGCGGAUAAAUACGUCUUCUUUGAUGCGGUCCAUCCAUCACAGAGAGCCUACAAGAUCAUAGCCGACGCAAUUGUACAUGCCGCAUCACACAGACCCGAGUAG